AUGAAGUCAACGGAAAGGCAGACCACAACUGAAGGGCUGGACUCCCAGCGGGUGUUCGAACUGAUCCGUGACAUCCGGGACCCGGAACUGCCCUCCACUCUGGAAGACCUAAAAGUGGUGUCUGAGGGUGGGUGCGAAGUGGACGGGUAUGUGUGUCGAGUAUGCUUUACCCCCAGUAAGUACAGCUGUCCGUCGGCCACUAUCAUCGGACUGUCCAUUCAUAUUAAACUGAUCCGAGCCCUUCCCAAAUGCUUCAAAAUCGACGUCUUUGUCGCACCGGGAAGUCAUGUGACCGAAGAGGAUGUCAAUAAACAGUUGGCCGACAAGGAGAGGGUGGCCGCGGCUCUAGAAAAUCCACAGGUGCUCGAUCUUGUCGAGCAGCUUAUUGUGUAG